UAAUAAUAAAAUAAAUUUGUAUCAAAAUGAAAAUUUUCAAUAAUUAAAUGUAUAAAAAUCUCAACAAUUAAUAAUCUAUCAUUUUUUAUUACUUAAUAUUUUCAAUAAUUAAAACACGCACAACUAAGAACUAUGAAAACACUCGUGGGGUAUUAUAAAUAUAGCUGUUAAUAGAGUUGACUAAUAAAGAAAAUAAACUACAUAUGGAUCAAUGGUAAUAAAUGAACUACUUGUUUAAAUUAUAAGAACUUUAAUUCUAAGAUAUCAUAACUAUUGAUACAAAAAGAAGGAUAUUGCCUACAUAAAGACAAAUUAUUAUAAAUAUGCUUUUAACGUGGUCUAUGAAUAAAAUCAUUGUUCAAAAAAACUACAACAAAAUUUUAAUUGUAUCAAAAGUUAUAAGAGUUUUCAGUUAAAUCUUCUCCACUUUGUAUACAUAUAUGAUUAAUAUGAAGCUAAACUUGAUGAUACUCAAUUAAAGGAAACAUAUUUUUCAUUUAGACACCCUCUUGUCUUCAAAUGGUUUAACCGUUUGAUAUUUUUUAUAUUCGAAUUGAUUACUCUCGUUUGAUAACGCGCUAACAUGGUUACAUCGUGUAUUGAUUACACACUGAAUAAUAUUUACGCCAAUAGUUUUAUGAGCAGUCGGUUUUAAAACGUCCUUCAUGUCCUAUAGGACUUACAACAAAUUGUGGGCGCUUGCCCAAUCGGUAUUAGAUGAAAAUACUAAAAUUGAUUCUAAUCUAUUGACAUCUAAAAUAAACAAAGACAAAACUGUACUAUUUACUGAAAUAUCUAUGGUCAUGGUAAAUUAUAUUUCGGCCAUAAACAAACUAGAAGAGUGCUAUGAUCAGGUGAUUCAACCACAAAAACGUUUAUUAAUAAGAAAUAUUCUCGAGUUGUCUAUUGGCCGAUACUUGGAACUGAGAAAUGACAUGGUGAAUUUGAAUUGCAAUGAAUUCGUUUAUCUAGACGCGGCUCUAGCACGACAAAAGAUACUUCCGUUGGAUAUCGAGUUGACAAUUCCAAUACACUACAGGGAUGAAAGAGCAGAGAUCAUGCGAUGGCAAUACGAUUUCAUAGAUGAAAUAUUGAAAAAAACUGGAUUUUACGAAGAACAGACUGUCGACGAUAUUAUGCCGAUCAAACAGGCUAUUCUAUUAAUACAAAGACACGAACGAGCUCGACAGGGAAGAUUGAGAGCGCAGUUUAUGAAAGAAGUAAGAGCGAUGAACAAACCGGAUGCAGGCGAAGUGGAGCUUUCAGACGUCGCGAGAAAAGCAGCCAUGAAGAUUCAGAGAGUGUGGCGAGGAUUCAUCACUAGGCGGAAGAUUAGGUGCCGGGUAGUAGAAGAAAUGUUACUAAUCGGCAUGCUACCACCAAACGUCGUUAUCACGGAAGAACGUCAAAAAGCGAACGAAGUGAAUCGUAUCAGACGAGCUUUACAAAUCAUUAGGCGAGAAGAAUAUGAACGAGCACUCGUAGAAGAGAAAGAAAAAAUUAAACCACACAUCAAAGAGAAAAUAAAGGAAGACAUAAAAGAUGAAGUAAGGGCUUGGUAUAUGGGUGUUAAAUCACAAACGGGUAAAUUUCCAGAUUUACCAUCUGAGGAAAGCGGUGGAUCUGCAGUAAUCUACACACGAUACAAAACGGCAAGUUCGGUCAGUAAGUCGACCAGCCAAUCGUCGUCCAAAGGCACUAAAAGCCAUAAAAGCAAGUCAAUCACCAAUGCAAGCAAAGAAAAUUUAGAAGAGAAAAAGAAAAAAAUUGACGAAGAAGAAGUCGGUUUCAAAAUGUCACCGUCCAACUUUUUACAAGAGCUUAUGUUAGCUAAUUCAGAAUACGAUGAAGUAUGGAAGGGAAUGGAUGAAACAAACAACACUAGCCAGAGACACAUAGAAAGCAUUGUGAAAGCUCAAAAAAAGGCUGAGGUAGAACGUGAACUCAGAAAGAUUGUUGACGUACAGUUGAGAGCUGAACUAGAAGUGUUACAAAAUGCAUUAGACAAAGAUAAUGCUAUCCGAAUCAAAAGAGCAAAAAAACAAAAAAAACUUAAAAGAAGCAGUAAAAAGGCAAAAAAAAAACGAGAUAAGGAUUUGACACCGGAUAGAACGCUAGAAUCUCUUUUUGAAGAACUGGUGAUGAAUGGAAUUAUUCAUAAAUACCCAAACGUGAGUUUGUCUUCUUUUAAAGGUGGCACUUCAUUGGUCGCAUGUGACGUUAUGCGUUGGGACUACGAUCCUCCACCUACGCUUGGAGAUGUUCGACAAGCUAUUCGAGACAAUUGUAUUUUACCAAUGCUUAGUGAAGAAAUACAUAAAGCCAGUCCGUUAGUACGAUCAGUGCUCAUUGCUGGUGUUCGAGGAUCUGGAAAGCACAUGUUAGUUAAUGCGGUAUGUACUGAACUAGGAGCUACGCUAUUCGACUUGACAUCAGCCAAUAUAGUCGGCAAAUAUCCCGGUAAAUCCGGUUUGACUAUGCUACUUCACUUAGUUAACAAAGUAGCCAGAUUAUUACAACCAGCGAUCAUAUACAUAGAAGAUGCAGAAAAGACGUUCAUGAAAAAAGUACCUAAAACAGACAAAACCGAUCCAAAACGAUUGAAAAAAGAUUUACCUAAACUGGUAAAAUCUAUUGGACCCACGGACAGGAUAUUACUUCUAGGAAUAUCGUCUAAUCCCUGGGAUUGUGAACAGAAGUCGUUGACAACUACAUAUAAUAAAAUAAUUGUUAUCCCUCGACCAGAUUACGCUAGUUUGUACCAUAUUUGGAAUGAUUUAUUAUUUCAGUACAGUGGUGUUAGUAGAAAAUUCAAUGUCAGUAUGUUAGCAAAAUUAUCGAGUGGUUAUAGCGUAGGAACAAUAAUUAAAGUAUUACAAGAGGUGAUGACUUGUAAACGAGUUCUACAAUUAACUAUUCGUCCUUUAAUGCAUGUAGAAAUUUUAAAUGCUUUGGCACGCCAUGAUCCUGUUUAUAAAGAAGAAGAAGAAACAUAUAUACAAUGGUAUUCAAGAACUCCUCUUGGUCGAAAGAAUCAGAAAGCACUGGAAAUAGAAUUAGAAAAACGAACAUUAGAGAGUGAAAAACAUUCUAUUGUAAAAUAAUAAUUUCAGACUCGAAUAAUUUUAAAUAAAAAUUUAGUCACUUCAAAAGAGUACUUUGAUAAAAAUUUCACAUAAUUCGAGAUUGCGUUUUUGUAAUCAUAAAAUAACUAUCCAUUUUUGGUAAAGAAAUUUUGAUUAAAAUAAAUAUAAUUAAAUAAAUAAAAAGGUGAAAGUCAUUCAAACGAGGAUCAUCUUGGAACAAAAUCAACACACGAAAACACUGUCAAAAAAAAAAUUUUUACAUUUUAACUAUUUCCUUAUUAUACCUUACUACAUAGACAGUAAAUAUUUAAAUAAAAGUAAGUAUAAAAUAAACAAAAAAAUUUUUGGCUAUCUGCAAUAUCGUAGUUUUUGCCGAGUUUUAUUUUUCAUUAAAUGACUGAGUAAAAU